UUUAGUUAUUAAUAAAGAUGUUAUUAGUAAACUUAACAUUAUUGGUGCUGUCAUUAGUAAAGGUGCUGUUAAUGUAAUUAAUGUUAUUAGUGCUGUUAUUAAUAGAAAUGCCAUUAAUAAAGUUAACAUU